AUGGCCCAAAUGGACAUCUCCUCCAUCCCCCUCACAAAACCCACUCGACUAGCCUCGCCUUCACAACCUCAGCAACAACAGACGAUGCAGCAACAGCAACCGCCAAGACCUCGGCCGGCAGUCAAGAUGCGAUCGUCCGGUUCGGUGGUUACUAUGAACUCUCUCACUGGCAGGAAUAAGAGCAGCAGUCCUGUGCCCUCGUCUUCGCGAGGAGGAGAUAUGAUGACAGCAACUACCACAGCACCCAUCGUCAGGAACAGUAAAGGAGGGAGCGUUGUUGGAGGUGGCGGCAGUAAUGUCGGUGUCGUCAGACGUAUUGGCACGGGAAGUAAUAGCACGAUAUCUGCAUCAGCAGGACCAACAACAACAGGAGGAUUUGGUGUCUCGGUCGGGAAGGUUACAACAACACAAACAGCAGCAGGACGCCGAGGUGGUAGUGUACGACGGGAGGGCUCGGUGACUUCUUCGGACGACGGGACCGUGUCCGAGGACUCUGUUGAAGACCCGAUCCAAUUGUUCUCGGGCGGCGGAGGGCAUCACAUCAACGGCCUCCCCUUUGGACACUCCUCCAUGGCCCCGACUCGCUCCUCGUCUGGACCCAGAAUCGCAUCGUCGUCUUCAGUUGUCUCUGCCGCAGGAUCUUCAGUAGGAACUAGGACCCGCGGUUCGGCAUCGUCAACUGUAUCCACUACUCCUAAACCGAUGCGGAUUGCUGCUGGGGCUGCUAUCAAAGUUAAUACCGUCUCUUCUACAGCCACAACAACGUUACCUUUACCUUCAACGAAUUCAGGAGUGACAACAACAACAGGCAUCUCUUCCAUUUCUAUACCCUCGCUCUCCGUCAUAUCUGCUUCUUCGGGACACUCUCUGAACGGGAUGUCGGCCGCGAACGGUGGAGGACUAUUGUCGACCUCAUUGUCUUCAUCAACAUCGUCUUCGUCGCUCUCAUGGGUCAGCAGUCCAUCUCACAGGAACUCUAAUGGAUAUGAACUCGGGUCGACCUCCCCAACCUCAUCCACACCCAUUCAACCCCCACCGCCACCAACAUCGCCCGGCGUUGCUUCCUCACAAAAUACCCUACAGUCGACUCUAAUCCGCUCAGCGCCCAUCAAAACACCAACUUCAGGAGCAGCAAGUGUGGCAGCAGCGAGUAAGCUGGCAGAAGAAAACAGACGACAGGAGGAAGCUGCACGGACGAGACGCAAGAUUGCGGACCUGGAGAUCUCGAAUACGUCGCUGUUGCAAAUCAAUCAGACCUUGGAGGCCACUAUUCGUAAACAAGCAGCGGAAAUGCAGGAACUCAAGAUGCGGAUGCAAUCAGCACAAUUUGGAGGCGACUUGAGCUGGAUGACAUCGGAUAAGGGCGAUCAGGACACUUCGUUGAUGAGCACAAUGAAUGGCACUACAAGCCCCGAGGCUGCGGUGAUAAUCCACGAAUUGACAGAGUCUGAACGACAGGCAGACAUGACCUUUAAGAGAUUGUGUCUCACCAUUGACCAGAUGUUGUACGAGGCCAAACAAGCACUCGACCAGUCCUCCAAACCAGCUGGCGUCAAAGUCCUCUCGUCCUUUGAUAUGUAUGAGAAGGAGGCGAUGGAGGACGCAGCUCAUGAGGACGAUUUGGACACCGCGGACCAGUCGAUUGUCAUUGACGAGGAUGAGAUUGAUGCUAUUGGUGGAAGUAGCCCUCGCCAUGCAGAGGAACAAGAGUCGAUGAGGACAGCACCUGCCACCUCUGCAUCCAUCUCCUUCAUGACCACGGCUCUUCACACGGCUACAACUGCGGCAUAA